AGCAGGCCUGGCCCUGCAAAGGAGGAGGCAGCACGUGCGGUGUUUCCCAAGCCUGCCGGGCUGCGCCACGUUUGCUUGCACACAGCCCUAUAAAGGGGAGGCGCAGAGGCUCUCGCUGCUCCUUCCUGGGGUUUGGUCCAGUCUCUUCCCCAGCGCAGCCUUUGCUAUGGCUGGCCUGAAUGUCUCCAUUGCUUUUUUUUUCCUGGUGGCUGGGGUGUGCCAGGCGCUCAGGCAGCUUUCCAAGAGGCUUCUGUCUCCUGGAGCGUAUGGCUGCCUUGCCAGAGAACUUGCUGGCUCGUUACAGUUGUGCGCGAGCUGCCUUGAGCUGAAGAUGCUGAUGGAGAUCGGCCCGUGGGGUGGUGGCUUUGGCCCGGAUGUGGUCCUGACCCUGCUCUUCCUCCUCUUCGCUGUUCAUGGUGUCUCUUUCGAUGGAGCAUCCGCCAACCCGACCGUGUCUCUCCAGGAGUUCCUGCUCCUCGAGUCCAGCCUCGCAGCAACGGCCACCAAGCUGCUGGCCCAGGGCGCGGGCACGGGGGCGGGCUGGGCUGUCACCAAGCUCUACUGGUCCUGGGAGCUGACACAUUUCCACCUCAUCCAGAACCUGAUAGCGUCAGAGUGCAGCUCCUCUAUCCACACGUCUCUGCACCACGCUGCCUUUGUGGAAGGCAUCUGCUCUUUCUUUUUCCACCUUGUCCUUCUCAAGUUGCGGCAGAGUCACCCGAUGUACCAGGUCCCUGUGCUGGCAGCGACUGUCACCUUCCUGACCUACACAGCCGGACCGUUCACGGGGGCCUUCUUCAACCCUGCCCUGGCCACAGCCACCACUUUCCACUGCUCGGGGAGCAGCUUCUGGGACUACGUCCGGGUGUACUGGCUGGGGCCCCUCGCAGGGAUGCUCGCUGCCCUCUUCCUGUACCAAGGCAACAUCCCACGACUCUUCCAGAAAAACCUCCUUUACAGUCAGAAGAGCAAAUACAAGAUACCCAAGGCAAGGAUGGCAGCGCACACAGAGGGUGACGAGCCGCAGCGCAAGAGAAAAGGGGAGAAGAGCAACUCUGAGCCUCGUGCCUGAGCCAUGAGCCUGAGCUGAGGAGGCCCCCGCAGCCCCUCUCCUGGGUUUCCCGGCACAGAGGAUUUUGCUGCUCGUCCCACCCAGCAUCUGUCCUGCCUGUUCAGUCCCAGCUGCAGGGUGAGAUUAUUUUUUUUAAGCAUUGCAAAGG